AUGUCUACCAAAGUUUUUGUUAGUGGAGCCACUGGUUUCAUCGCAAGACAGACCAUCAAAUUACUUUUGUCUAGAGGUUAUAAAGUUGUUGGUUCAGUCAGAUCUUCUGAAAAGGGAGAAAUCUUGAAGAAGUCGUAUGGAGCCUCCUUCUCCUACGAAAUUGUAGAAGUUCUUGAACGAGAUGGUGCUUUUGAUGAAGCCUUGAAGAAGCACCCAGAUGUAACCAUCUUUUUGCAUACAGCUUCUCCCGUGACUCCCUUUUCGACAGAAUUAGAGAAGAAUGUUCUAAUUCCUGCCAUCAGCGGAACCAAGUAUGUGUUGAAGUCAAUUUAUGAAUAUGCCCCUCAGAUAACCAGAGUGGUGGUGACCAGUUCGUGGGCUGCCAUCAUUCCUGUCCCAGAUCGUUUCAACCCUAAGUUUGUCGGCAGCGAAGAUAUUUGGAAUCCAAUUACUUACGAGGAAGCCAAACAGGAUAGCAUUCAUGCUUACUUCGGAUCAAAAACAUUUGCUGAAAAAGCCGCCUGGGAGUUUGUCGAAAAGAACAAACCUAACUUCGAUCUCUCAACUGUCAAUCCAGUGUUUGUCCUUGGUCCUCAGUCAAAGGAUGAAGAAGUGAAGGAUACAUUAAAUGUCACUGCUGAAUUGGUAAACUCUAUUUUAAAAUUGAACCCCAAGGACGAAGUUCCAACUCUUGAAGGAAAUUUUGUAGAUGUGAGAGAUGUAGCUUUAGCCCACGUCUUAGCUUUUGAAAAAGAGGAGGCCAAGGGUCAGAGACUUGUUCUUGUUACUGAAAGAUACAGUGGUCAACUUGUAUUAGAUAUUAUCAGAAAGAACUUCCCGGAACUUGGAGACAAGUUACCAGUUGGAGUGCCAGGAAGUAAAGAUGGUUCCAACUUUGCGGCACCAAACGAUAAGAAGACCAGAAGUAUACUUGGUUUCGAUCGUAUUAACUUAGAGAAGUCGGUAGUAGAUGCAGUUGAGCAGAUUCAGAGAGUGAAGGCAUAA